UUGGGGUUCGAACCGGGGCAACCCUCCAGUUAGCAAAGCGCUAACCAGUAGGCCAUGGCUGCCCCCACGGCAUCAUUCACACCUCAGGGAGUGCUUGUCUAUCAGGUAGGGUACUGAUGUCAUGUCAUAAAUAUAUUUAAAAAGUGAUAGUCCUUGCAGGUGAUUUCAUUUCUGCAUAUAGGGAGAAGAGGAUAGCCAAGUGACAAGCAGCCCUGUGGGAUUUCAUCUCAGUUACUAUAAUGUUGGAUUUAAAACAUUACAUUUUACUAUGACAUGCUGUGGUCUAUCCUUUAAAAAAUCCUUGUUAGAUCCAUACCAUGUGUUCUAUUGACUGGAACAGGUCCAAUCUCUUGCUCACUUGCAAAACAGAGGGUUGGGGUGAGUGCCACAGGCCUAGAGUUCACUUACAGUUUUAUUUACCUAUUAAUUUAUUCUAGUCGCCUUAAAUGUCAUUAAAACUCUCAUAAAACAUAUAGCCUGAUUAACGGACAAAUGUGUUGGGCAGAAUUUCAGAUCAGUCCAACAGAGGUCUCCAGCCUGCCUGGCUUGCAAAGCUCCAGCAGGGGGACACUGUCAGUGAGAGUUUGCUGUCAUGGAUACGACGUCUCUUGGGGUGAUAAGUCAAAAACAAAGCCAGCUGAAAGUGGUGUGUUGUUGGUAAUAUCCUAAUAUAACUAUGCGAGCUGUUUGGUUUGGGAUAUUCUGUGGAAAGGUCGAGGCAUUUUUGUAUAGUGUGUACAUGUCAUGCUCGGUCUAGAACUCGCUAUAAGCAAUAACGUUAAAGUUAACGUUUAUUGUUUUUUUUAUCUUCACUGUAGCUUGCCAGUUGCUAACCUAAGUUGUAUGCUAACAGCAACUUUUAUCGUCUGUCACUGGGAUGUGUCACUUACCUGCUCAAAAAUUCAAUUCAUUUUUUUAAUUACAUCAUUGAGCUGGAUCAGUAACGUUAACGUCCGAUGGAGGGUGACCACGAUGAAAUUAAGGAGCACCUGAGGCUGCAGUUCCAAGCACUGCAGGACCAGCAAGAGAGACGACUCCAGCGAAGGCUUGAGAGGAAGAGGAAGGAUACGGACAGUAUAACAGCAGAGACUUUGCAAAACCAGGAGGAACUAAGUCUGACAGGACUGGGCACGGAUCAAAAUAACGACAUUGACAUAAGACUACUGCAGAAUGAAAAUGAACUAAUGCAGAACCAGCUGAGAGAGUUCAAAGACGAAAAUGGAAGACUACACAAAUUAUUAAAUGAAAAAGACUUUGAAAUACAGCACCUAAGAAAAAAGAGGGAGGAAGAGAGGCUUGCACUGGCAGGUACGUCUGGUUUGGCUGGUGAUGCUGCGGCUACCAAGAUUGUGGAGCUGUCAAAAAAAAACAGAGCACUUACAGUUGAAAUUGAGCGAGAAAAAGCAAAGGCAAAGCAAAUCAAUAACCGAGUCAAGGAGCUGGAGAAGGAGUUGCAGGCUACAACUGUAAAUGUACCUCAGAUCAAGACAAAUAAAAGUAAUAUGUCAAGAACUACAGAGGACGCCCAAGAGGCCAACCCAAUAGUGAGGUCUUUACAAGACAAGCUGUCAGCUGCCCAGUUGAAAAUGACUGAAUAUCGAAAUCAGAUCCAAGCUGCCAAACAAGAUCUGAAAGUAGCCCAAAAGGUUUUAAGCAGUGAGGUGGGUGAAGAUGUGAACAUCCAGCAGUUGCUUAGCAGCCAAAGUAGCUGGAGAGGACGUGCUCAACAGAUACUGGCCUUGCAAAACAAAGUACGGGAUCUGGAGCAGCAACUGGGCCUGAGGAAGCAGUUGGGAACCCUGACCCUGGAGGAGGAGAUGUUGGGCCUCAGGGGCCACCAGGGGGUGCUAGAGAAAAACUUCAGCCACAUCCGCUCCAUGGAGAAAGAGAGAAAGGAAACGUUGGAGCGAAUCACUGAGGACUACGCAGUGCUUCUCCGAGACCAAGAUGACGUGAAGAAGAAGCUGGAGGCCUCGAGAGCCAGAAACCGUGUACUCAGCGUGGAGGUGAAGACGCUCAAAAACCAGAUCUCCACCCUGGUGGAAAAAGGAAAACACGACGAUGAACUAGUGGAUGCAUUAUUGAAGCAGCAGGCACAUCUGCAGGCGGUGCUGGGCCGCCUGAGCCAGCAGGAUGAGCAGCACGCGGAGGCCCAGCAGAGCCUGGGGAAGCAGCUGCACACUGAGGCCCAGAGACACGGCUCCCUGGUGCAGCAGCUGCAGCAUAUGGUCGCUGAGAGGGAGACCAAAGUCAAGGAGCUGGAGCUGGAGAUCCGGAAACUGGCCCUAAAGCAGAAAGGAGACGUGAAUUCAGAGCUAAAGGCUGCUGUUUCAUCAAGAGGAGAGGGUGUUCACAGAUCAACGUCAGCACGCUCUUUCUCCACACUUGGGCAUAAACUGGUUGAAUCUGCUGCUAGUCUACCAACAGGUGGCAGUGCUGACAUGAGAGAAUCACAAGCUCCCAACCACUGUCCCGACUGCUCUUCCAGGAUCAGAUCCUUACAGGCCCAGUGUACAGAAUACAAGGCACUCAGCCAAGCGGCUGGUGUGGAAAGAGACAGGCUUUUGGAGCUCGCCAAAGUGCAGCAGAACAGAGAGCAGGAGGUGACGCAGAGGUGUGCGGAGGUGGAGCAGAAGCUCCGUGAGGAGCGCCGGCGGGCCGUGCUCCUGGAGCAGCAGCUGGAGAAGAGCCGGCUCCUUGAUCUGGGGAGAAGCGCCGCCAGCCAGCAGAAGACCCCCAGCAAGGGCCGCAACAGUCUUUCCUCAAGCAGUAUAGGCCUACCAGACAGACAAGACAACCACUCCCCCAGAAGUGCUGCAAACUUCAGCCAGGAGGUCCAAGUCAAUGAGCUAACCAUACAGCUGGCCACUCAGCUGGAGGAGAUGGAGUCCCUGAGAGCCACGCUCAAGAGCACUCUGCAGGCCAAACAGGACGACCUGCAGCUCUACAACAACAUGAUGAGCCAAGUCAAGCAGGUGUUUCUGCAGGCCCUGCGACAGCACAAGCAAGACACAAGCCACGAAGGCUAGCGAAAUGCUGCAGCAGUCCCUCCCAGUGGUAGGCAGUCUCUGAAGAGGCAGAGCAGAGCCUCACCACAGGACAGUGUCAGUAAUGAUGUAUGGUAUCUCUCUUCAUGCCUGAUUACAUGAACUUAAUUAACACAAUAAGCAUCCUCUCUGUCCCUGUGCAGAGAUUGUGAUUAAAAAACAAUGGGUCUGCUA